UCCAAGCGGAAGUCACUCUCACUCCAUGUUUACGGAAGACAGGUGGAGAGACUCACCGAUGGAUGUAACCUGCCCUGCGUGUCAGUUUGUAAAUUAACAUUUUAAAGUCUUUCAUUUGGACUUUGUCUCGGUGUGUUGCUGUAGACAGACACAGUCUCCAUCAUGUGGGACCAUGAAAUCAGAGCCAUGGCGUCCACUCACGCCAUUAUCGCCGCCUCGGUGUUCAUGGCGACCGUCCUACCUGCGGCGCUCGUGCCGGGCUUCUCGGUGUACGGCACUCACCUGCUGUGGAUCUACGCGACCUCCGGCGCGGUCACCGCCGUCAGCGUCGCCGUCUUCUGGCUGCUCGGCGUCACACCGCCCACCAAGAAGCACACACUGGGAUACAAGUUGUCCAGGUUGCUUCGUUCCUGUCUGUACUUCUUCCUGUCGUGCCUGUUCUUCCACACUGUGGUGGUUCUCUACGGAGCGCCGCUGAUUGAAUCCGCCUUAGAGACGUUCUCCCUAGCUGUGCUGCUGACCUCACUAACCACUCUGAGGUGUCUCUGUGUUCUCGGCCCCAACGUCCAAGCCUGGAUACGAGUGUUCAGUCGACAUGGAGCUAUGUCUGUGUGGGACACCUGUCUACAGAUCACAGUGGCCUGCACAGUGGUAGGAGCCUGGGUGGGAGCCUUUCCUAUACCUCUGGACUGGGACAGGCCAUGGCAGGUUUGGCCUGUUUCCUGCAGUCUCGGCGCUAUGAUUGGAUUCCUGACCGGGCUUGUCGCUGCUCCUGUGUGGAUCCACUAUCACCGCAAACAGCUCACAUACAAGUGCAAGUGAUGGACAGACACAUGUGUGAAUGCGACCUUAAGGGUAUUUCUCGUAUUCUUGCUGUAUUUCUUUUAAUUUCAUACUGACUAUUUAUUGUAAGCAUUCACUCUGUUUGCAACCUGUAGGAAGGAUGAUUUUGUAACCCUUACUUUAUGAGACACAUUAUUUUGUACAGAUGGAGGCUGUAUACGUUCCUGAAGAUUUUUGACAUGAAUAAACCAUUACUUCUUUC